GAGGAAUGAAGAGAAAGGUGUCCUGUCCCUCCCCUAGAGCAACGCCGUUGUUAGAGAUCCAACACCACAUACCAAUUCCAAUCCCAAAAUUCUGAGUUUUCAGAACCAAAAUCAAAACGAAGAGGUGAAGGAAGAUAGUACUAGUAACCCUUAACCCAUGCCAGUGAGUUACUAACUGGAUUCGUCAUCUUCGUCAUGGUUCAUGCUCAUUGAUUGGAUUGGAUCCCAAUCCCAUGCUACCCCAUUUUUCUAAUGCUUUCUCUCUCACUCUCCCACGUGCGCUUUCCUCUUCCUCACUCUAAAUAAUUCUUCUCUCUCACUCUCCCUCUAUACAUUAUUGUUAUAUUUUAUUUAAAUCAGGAAAAAAGAACCAUUUUUUAGUUAAAGAUACCACCUUUAUAUUACCCUUUUGAUCAGAGUGUAAAAUGGUGCUGUGAUUCUACAAGGGUCUUGCAUGCCCCUUUGAGUUUCAACUUUGACCCCUCUAUCCACCCGUAACCAUAACUGAUAGUGUCUUUGUUCGAGUUGAGGAUUUGAUUAUGGAAAAGUACGAGGCCGUUAAGGAUUUGGGAGCUGGCAAUUUUGGGGUGGCUAGGCUCAUGAGGAACAAGGAGACCAAGGAACUCGUUGCCAUGAAAUACAUCGAACGAGGCCACAAGAUUGAUGAGAAUGUGGCUCGCGAGAUUAUCAAUCACAGGUCUCUUCGUCACCCCAAUAUAAUUCGUUUCAAGGAGGUGGUUUUGACCCCUACUCAUUUAGCAAUAGUAAUGGAGUAUGCAGCUGGAGGAGAGCUAUUUGAGAGGAUAUGCAAUGCUGGAAGGUUUAGUGAAGAUGAGGCUAGAUAUUUCUUUCAACAGCUGAUUUCUGGUGUCCAUUACUGUCAUGCCAUGCAAAUAUGCCACAGGGAUUUGAAGCUAGAAAAUACCCUCUUAGAUGGAAGUCCUGCACCCCGCUUGAAAAUUUGUGACUUUGGCUAUUCCAAGUCGUCUUUGCUUCAUUCACGACCCAAAUCAACUGUGGGAACUCCAGCUUAUAUAGCACCAGAAGUUCUUUCUAGGAGGGAGUAUGAUGGCAAGUUGGCUGAUGUAUGGUCAUGUGGAGUGACGCUUUAUGUCAUGCUGGUUGGAGCAUAUCCCUUUGAGGAUCAGGAUGAUCCUAGGAAUUUUAGGAAAACAAUUCAGCGUAUAAUGGCUGUCCAAUACAAAAUCCCUGAUUAUGUUCACAUAUCUCAAGACUGCAGACACCUCCUUUCUCGUAUAUUUGUAGCAAAUCCAUUAAGGAGAGUUACUCUUAAGGAAAUCAAAAACCACCCUUGGUUUUUGAAGAAUCUUCCAAGGGAGCUAACUGAAUCAGCUCAAGCUGUCUAUUACCAGAGAGGCAACCCAAGCUUUUCAGUUCAAAGUGUGGAGGAGAUAAUGAAAAUUGUGGGAGAGGCAAGGGACCCUCCUCCAGUAUCCAGGCCGGUCAAAGGUUUUGGCUGGGACGGUGAAGAAGAUGAAGGAGAAGAAGAUGUGGAAGAAGAGGAGGAGGAAGAAGAUGAGUAUGACAAGAGGGUCAAAGAGGUUCAUGCAAGUGGAGAAUUUCAAAUCAGUUAAGCAGUAUUAUAAUUCUUGUGUACUUGGUUAUAGUAUUUAUUUUUCCCUAGAAGUCGCCUAUUUAUGUGUACUAUAAUUUAUAAUAACUACUAUAAACCAGUGAGGCAGUCUAACUCUUGGCACUGUCCAUGUAAUGUACUACCUGUAUCACCAUGGAAGCCGUGUAUGAGAACAGUAGUUGUUUGAUAACUUAUAAAUUACCCGUCUCUUUUAUAACCAGCAUACUUAGGCUUAAAAUG